UGCACUUUAUUGCGAAGUGUUACUUCCAACUUCGACCCGAAUACUAAUGCUCAAUUUCAGGUCAAAUCUAGACGCUAUCUUUACGAUCACACCGAUGAGGGAUAUAACCUUAUUCCGUGGCGAAACAAUGCAUGGGUAGAAAUUGCUGAAACGCUUGAUUCUACUGAGCACGUGAAAACGCGAUGGAAAACCCUUCGAGAUCGUUUCAAAAAAGAAGAAAAGAAGGAGAAAAUGACUGGGAAACCAGCCACAUGGGUGUUUCAGAAACCCCUACGGUUUAUACAAACAGUACCCAAAGAGCGACCGUAA